GUAAAUUGCCGAGGCGACCUCUUCCGGCUCAUCCCCAUGGCCAUGGAGGAGGACGACACCGACGACCAGCGCCUGCUGCACAGCCUCGGCGUCACCUCCGCCAGCAUCGACGACAUCGAGAGGAAGAUCCUGUCACAGGCGGAAACUGAUCCGAAGCAGCGUGACGCCGAGCCGCCAACGGAGGACGGUGACCGGGAGAGCAUCGUACCGACGCCUCAAGACGAUGCGCAGGCCAAGCUGCACCAGAGGCUGCGCUCCGUGCAGCUGGAGAUCGACGCCGUGGCUUCCACCAUUGGAGGGGCCAAACCCGCUGCUGCAAAGAAGAAGAAGAGCGACCGCUCCGGCAGCACCCAGACGGAGGUCGAGAAGGGGGCGGAGGAGGAGGAGGAGGACAAUGCCGGUGAAGACGACGCCCCUCGCGGAGGAGCGCUCCAGCAGGCGCUGGCCGCGGAGCGUCUCAGGAGCCUCAAGAGGGCCAAGGUGCAGAUUCAGAGGGAGAUAUUGCAGUCGGAGCCUGGCACGUCUGGGUUGAGCAGUAAGAAAGGUAAGGCGCUGGCCAUGCUGGUUGAGGAUGAACCGAGGCGGAAGAAGUCGCUCAAGCCGCCGCCUGGAGGGCCUAAGAAGAAGAAGUCGCCGCGCCGGCUGAAAACUGUCACCUAUGAUGAUGAUAAUGACUUUGAUGCGGUGCUCGACGGAGCUUCUGCAGGGUUCAUGGAAACUGAAAGGGAAGAGCUGAUCAGGAAGGGAUUGCUGACACCGUUCCACAAGUUAAAGGGCUUUGAGAAGCGCGUCGAACGACCCGGACCUUCUCACAGGCAAAAUGGUUCUGCAGAGCAGGCUGAGGAAACCGUGGAAGCAUCCAGCAUCGCUAAAGCUGCUCAGGCGAUGCAGAAGAUAGCGCAAAAUCGCCCGACUACCAAAUUGCUUGACGCGGAGUCCUUGCCUAGGCUGGAUGCGCCGACUGCGCCGUUUCAGAGGCUCGGGAUACCUCUAAAGCGCCCUGCCCCUCCCGGUUCAGACGAGCAGGAAAAUAAAAGACGAAGGAGAAAGACCAAGAGGCCAUUGCCUGGCAAGAGAUGGAUGAAAGCUAACUCAAGGAAGGAGUCGUUACUGGAUGAUGAGGAUGUUGGAGAGGCAGCUGCAUCAGCAUCAGUUUCUGAGAAUGAAGAUGAAGUUAUAGAAGGUUCUGAUGGGUUGCCCCCGGUCAUCCUUGAAGGUGGUUUGAGAAUUCCUGGCUCAGUUUACGGACAACUGUUUGACUACCAAAAAGUAGGAGUACAGUGGUUAUGGGAGUUACAUUGUCAAAGGGCCGGUGGAAUAAUUGGUGAUGAAAUGGGCCUAGGGAAGACCGUCCAGGUCUUGUCAUUUCUUGGUGCUUUGCAUGACAGUGGUAUGUACAAGCCUAGUAUUGUUAUCUGUCCUGUGACCCUUUUGCAACAGUGGAAAAGGGAGGCCAGUAAGUGGUAUCCAAAGUUCAAAGUUGAGAUCUUACAUGAUUCUGCAAACAGUUCAAGUAAAAAGGGCAAGAGAUACAGUGAUUCUGAGAGCGAAGCUUCUUGGGAUAGUGAUCAGGAAGAGGUUACGCAUGCAAAGCCUGCAAAAAAGUGGGAUGAUUUGAUUUCACGUGUUGUGAAUUCAGGGUCAGGUUUGCUUCUGACUACAUAUGAGCAACUAAGAAUCGUACGGGAGAAGUUGCUUGAUAUAGAAUGGGGAUAUGCUGUAUUGGACGAGGGCCACCGCAUAAGGAAUCCCAAUGCUGAAGUAACUCUGGUGUGCAAGCAAUUGCAGACUGUGCACAGGAUAAUCAUGACAGGGGCGCCUAUUCAGAAUAAACUCUCGGAACUUUGGUCUCUUUUUGAUUUUGUGUUCCCUGGAAAACUUGGUGUCCUGCCUGUGUUUGAGACCGAGUUCUCCGUCCCAAUUACUGUUGGCGGGUAUGCUAAUGCAACACCAUUGCAAGUGUCCACGGCGUAUAGAUGUGCUGUUGUCCUGCGCGACUUGAUCAUGCCGUAUCUUCUUAGGAGAAUGAAAGCUGAUGUCAAUGCGCAGCUUCCCAAAAAGACAGAGCAUGUUCUUUUCUGUAGUUUAACUCCAGAGCAACGGAAUACUUACCGUGCAUUUCUUGCUAGUUCAGAGGUGGAGCAAAUAUUUGAUGGAAACAGAAACUCCCUUUAUGGGAUCGAUGUCCUAAGGAAGAUAUGCAAUCAUCCUGAUCUUCUUGAGAGGGAACAUGCUGCUCAGAAUCCUGACUAUGGGAAUCCUGAAAGAAGUGGAAAGAUGAAAGUGGUUGAGCAGGUCCUUAAAGUCUGGAAAGACCAAGGCCAUCGCGUUCUUCUUUUUGCUCAGACUCAACAGAUGCUUGACAUUUUGGAGAACUUCUUGACUCUCCGUGAGUAUGAGUAUCGGAGAAUGGAUGGACUUACACCUCCAAAGCAAAGAAUGGCACUCAUCGAUGAGUUUAACAACACAGAUGAAAUCUUCAUUUUUAUUCUGACCACAAAAGUUGGUGGGUUGGGUACGAAUUUGGUCGGUGCAAACAGGGUCAUUAUAUUUGACCCGGACUGGAACCCUUCAACGGACAUGCAGGCUAGAGAACGAGCAUGGCGAAUUGGGCAGAAAAGAGAUGUGACGGUCUACCGAUUGAUCACCCGUGGGACAAUAGAAGAGAAAGUCUACCAUCGACAGAUAUACAAGCAUUUCCUAACAAACAAAGUACUGAAAAACCCUCAGCAAAAGAGAUUCUUCAAAGCCAGAGACAUGAAGGAUUUGUUCACAUUGCAAGAUGAGGACAGGCAUGGCGCAACAGAAACAUCAAGCAUUUUUGGCCAAUUGUCUGAUGAUGUGAAUAUUGGGGUUCCAAAUGAGGAGCAGCGAGGCGAUCAAUCUUCAUCUUUACCAACCAGCACAGAAGCUGAACCGUGUUCAUCUGCUGGAGGAGAAGGGAAAGCAGAACUUAACUCUGACCAGGCAGACGAAGAAUCCAACAUCCUCAAGAGUCUUUUUGAUGCCCAGGGCAUUCAUAGUGCGGUAAAUCAUGAUGCCAUAAUGAGCGCCAACGACGACCAGAAGUUGCGCCUAGAAGCAGAGGCUUCGCAGGUGGCACAGAGGGCAGCCGAAGCAUUACGCCAGUCACGGAUGCUUAGAAGCCGUGACAGUAUCGCUGUCCCCACAUGGACCGGAAGAUCUGGUGCUGCUGGGGCGCCAUCCUCCGUCCGCAGGAAAUUCGGGUCAACACUCAACACCCAGCUGGUCAGUUCUUCGCAACCAUCAUCAGAAGGUUCGAACAGCAGCAGGGUUCAACAAACUCUCCAGGUGGGCGCUCUACACGGCAAAGCGCUGUCCUCUGCCGAACUUCUGGCCAAGAUCCGUGGGACACGAGAGGGAGCAGCUUCAGAUGCGCUGGAACAUCAGCUCAGCCUGGGUCCUGGCUCCAGUCAGAGACCAGGCUCAUCAGAGAAUGGCCGCGCGUCAAGCUCUUCUACUAGCAGGAGCAUGAUCGUGCAGCCUGAGGUCCUGAUCCGCCAGCUCUGCACCUUCAUACAGCAGAACGGUGGCUCGGCCAGCUCGACAAGCCUGACGGAGCAUUUCAAGAACCGGAUACAGCCUAAGGAUAUGCUGGUGUUCAAGAACCUGCUGAAGGAAAUCGCGACCUUGCAGAGGGGCGCAGGUGGCGCGACCUGGGUGCUGAAACCCGAUUAUGAGUAAAUUGUCAGCUGUAGUUAAGGCAGAGCAUAAUUUUGGUUAGGAGUAGAUACAUGCAUAAAGUUGCUUUAGAUAGAAUUUCCAGUCUGACACAGAUGAAAACUCUGCUCUUAAAUCUUUUGACUCAGAGGUGAAACCUGAUUACGAGUAAAUUGUAGCUGGUAGUUCAGCGGAGCGAAAUUUUGAUUAGAAGUAGAUACACGCAUAAGUUCGUUUAGAUAAGAUUGUGAUGCAGAAUUGAGAAUUUCCUCUUAUAUCUUUUAACGUGGAUAAUUGAUUCUUUUAGUUUUGCAAUGGAA